AUGUCCAAAGUGAAGCCAGUAGCUCUUGUGCUCGGUGCCUCGAGGGGAAUUGGGAGGCAAAUUGCCAUUGAUUUGGCAAAACAUGAAUAUUCUGUCGUAGUGGCUGCCAAGUCCACAUCUGACGCCUAUUCUACCAAAACGGCCUUCCCGCCAGAUCCAAACUCCCCACAGUCUACCGUCAGCACAGUAGAGAGAGAAAUAAGGGAAGCCGGGGGCGAGGCCACUGCCUUUGCUGUCGAUGUGCGGGACUUCGCCAGCAUACAGGACCUGGUCGAGAAAACCAUCAAACGGUACGGCCGCCUCGAUGUGCUCGUAUACAACCCUGGCGCGAUAUGGUGGGCCUCGGUAGAAGACAGCCCCAUGAAGCGGUUCCAGCUGAUGCAGCGCGUCAACCCGGAAGGGCUCUACGGCGCCGUGCAGGCCUCGCUGCCGCACCUGAAGAGGAGCACCCUGGGGGGCCGCAUCGUCAUCGUCAGCCCGCCCAUAUACAGCCGGUUCUUCAGGGGCAAGACAGCCUACGCCAUGGGCAAGGUGGGCAUGAGCGUCCUCACCAAGGGCCUGGCCAUGGACUUUGAGAGGCAGGGGUUGGUGAGGGACGGCGAGGGUGGGAUGGCCGUCACGAGCAUCUGGCCUGCUGUGUCUGUCGAGUCUGCUGCCACGGCGCAGUUUACGCGGAACAACCCUGACGAGGAGAAGGACCUGCGGAAGCCGAAUGUCUUUUCGGACGCCGUGUUGGCUAUCCUCAGGGCGCCGGCGCCGCUGGUGAAUGGGCAGCUCUUGCUUGACGAGGACUUCCUCAGGGAGCAUGCGGGCGUGACUGACUUCUCCAAGUAUUCGGUCGUUCCGGGGAGCAACCCGAGGAGGAUCAUGCCGAAGGAGUUGCCAGAUUUAACUGUCAAGGAACAGGAUGAUGAAGGGAAGAGGGUCGACAGUGCGAAAUCAAGAAUAGGUUCAAAGUUGUGA